UACAUGUUCUAAUCUAAAUACAUGUGUUAUCUCGGAGAGUUGAUAAGCAUUCGUUCAUAAUUUUUGUUUUUUCGUCAACAUGAAUCUCUUCGAGGAUCCUAUUCUUAAAACUAAAUAUUUGAAGCAUAAGCUUUGUGUGAAACGAUGGGAGAGUAAUUUUAUGGAAAGAUUUGGACGCAAACCUAAUAAGAAUGACAUAAAGGAAGCCGAUCCAUCUAUCAAGGAUGCAUAUAAGAUGUAUUGGAAACUGAAAACGCGAGCGCUCGAGGAAACUCUUACAGACAUUACUUUUUGUGAUGAUAUGCAAGAUAAUAUCUCAAAUAAAUCACCGCAAAAGAUAAUAAACAAUCACAAGCAAGAUAAGAAUCUGAGCUCAGAAAAAGUUACAAAAGAUACAGAGAACAUAAAUCCUUACGAUAGCAAACGUUUGACAGAAAUUGGAGACUCAUUUGACCAGCUGGAUUCAGUGAAUGUUGAAGGAACCUGGGGCAACCAUCUAAACAAAAAUAAUGAACAAACAUCAAAGAAGAAGCCAACUCUGUUGAUUGGUAGAUCUUCUUCCUUUCAAUUGUCUAGAAACAAGUUUGAGAGUUCAACAUUUACUAAGCGAAAUCCGAGAAAAUCGUUAUCAUUGGUAAAAAUGAGGAACAGAUCCGAGAAUAUCCUAAGUACCUCGAACAUCGACCAAUUGGAUGCACAUAAGGAUGUAGCUAUUGAUGAAACAAAGCCUAUCGUCGAAUCGAUGAAAGUAACAUUUGAGAAAAGCAAGCCUGCUUUACAACACUCCAUUAAUGUUGUCCAGCAAUUGGCCAACGGCCAUGUGAAUAGCACAAGCCGUAAUUUGAAUCCAGGUUGGCUACAUCGAUGCACGAGAGACAAUAAUUUGGAAGUGACAACGAUUAAUCCUCAGAGGCUGUCAGGCACUAGCGAUUCCGGAAUAGAGUCCAUGGAAUCCAGCAUUUAUUCCCCGAACGACUUGGCGCCCAUUGUGCAUUUCUCGUCGCAUCAAGCCUCCGACGAAGAUUUUAUAUGUAAUAGUGAGUCUGAGGAAGAACACGGAAAUAAACGCAUUAGAAACUUUAAGAAACGACUGAGUGAUCAAGAUAGUCAUCCCGUAAAACGACGACGUAUUCAUAAUGAUUCCGAUUUUACGAUCGGUGAAUUUCAUGUAACCAAUAGCGAUAUGUCCAAGCUGACUACCUGUAUCGAUAGGAGUUUUAAUUUAUUGAAUAGAGAUGAGCAUAGUGAGAAUAACGUUGACAAUGAUAAUGCAUUUAAAUUGACUAACAAUGCUAAUACGAGCACAAAUAUAAUAAACGAAUCAAUUAAUAUUAAAAGUGAUAUAAUUACUUUAGAUUCAAACAUUGAAUCGAAUGUUAUCAUUAAGAAUAAAAUGACAUCUGAAAAUGUUUGCUCGACUGAAAACGAUCAAACUAAAGAACUGUUCAGAAUGACUGAUUCUAUUUCAAAUUCAACCAAUCUUAAUAACCAAAAAGACUUUUCAAAAUCCGAUGAAAAACCCGUGAAACGUGUAUUACGUCAAAGAGUCACACAAGUAUCUAACAAUUGUGACCCCAGUAUAGAUAAUAACGAAGAACCUAAGACAAUGACAAAGACGAAUAAGAAAUUUAGAAGUCAACGAAGUAAAGAGAAGACAAUCGUUAAUGAAAAAAAAUCCAAUGUAAAAAGGAAAUCUUCCAGAAGAGAAUUAAAUUUAGAGAAAAAUAACGAAGAACUGAGUUUAGAUGAAAAAAUGAACAAGAUUCCAACAUAUAAUGUAGAAAUGUUACAAACGAUUCCUCGCUUUAACAAACCAAAUGAUAUUGACAAUCUCUCGCAGUUUUCCGAAACUGUUUCCACUAAUGCAAUGAAAAAAGAUGUCUCGAUAUCUUCAACAGCUAGGACAAAAUUGACUGCAAAGGAGAAGUUAGAGAAAAAAAUGACUGCCGGUACGAUGAAUAAUAAUUUUAUAAGGAUAAAUCUAAAGAAAAAAGUAUUUGUGAGAGGUAAAAAGAAUUUUAAUUGUGCUAAAUAUAAGAGAAAUCAAUGGAAACAGAGGAAGAAAGAUUUGACGUCUAGUGAGAGCAAUUUGGAUGCGGCCGAUUUUAUCGACAAAAAUGGUACGGCAUGCUUGAAAUGUGGUGAGUCCGGGCACUUUGCUAAAAAUUGCUCAACUUCCAAAAGUAGCGCUCUUUUACCUUUAGAAGAAAUCGAUGACUCAUCAAACUUUCCAACUUUGGAGGAAGCCGAAAAAAUGGCAAAUGAGACUGCCAUUAUCACUCACAGUCAUAAACGAUUUCCUAAAAGAUCAUCGUAUUUUGCAACGAAGACUUCGCAGGACGAAGAAGAUAUGACGGAAUUAUUUAAUGACGACUUUGCAGACUUCGAUGAGAAGAGUGAUACAUUAACUUCCAGGCAUAAAGUGCCACAGGAAUUGGUAUUCAGAUUAUUGCCACCAGAAAUGAAAGCGAUUGAUCCGUUAUAUGAUGUGAACGAAGAUAAUAGUCUCAUUGAAACUCCUACGGAAAUCUUUGAGACAUUACGUAUGUUUGGUCAUGAAAGUUUCAGAGUCGGCCAAGAAAAGACAAUAAUGAGGAUUCUAUCUGGCCAAUCUACCCUGGUAACGUUAUCGACAGGCUCUGGGAAAUCUUUAUGUUAUCAGUUACCAGCGUAUUUAUAUGCUCAACGUUCUGUUUGUAUCACUCUAGUAAUUUCGCCUUUGGUAUCCCUGAUGGACGAUCAAGUGACGGGUGUACCAUUAUUUCUGUCUGCUGCGUGUUUACAUGCCAACCAGACGGUGAAAGUAAGAGAGCAGGUGAUACAAUCGUUGAAGGAUGGAAAAGUAAAUAUUCUUCUGAUAUCACCUGAAACAAUGAUAAACAGCGAGAAAUCUACUGAUUUCGGAGCUCUGCUCAGACAGCUACCGCCAAUCGCAUUUGUCUGCAUUGAUGAAGCCCAUUGUAUCUCCCAGUGGUCGUACAAUUUCAGACCUUCCUACCUGAUGGUUUGCCGAGUGCUCAAGGAAAAGUUUAAAGUAAAAACAAUAUUGGGACUCACUGCGACUGCUACGAAAACAACAGUGGAAAGUAUGAUAAAACAUUUAGACAUACACGACGGAAUAGCUGGUGUCAUAUCGGACGUGCCUUUGCCUAGGAAUCUUGUUCUAACGGUAUCCAAGGAUGAAAACAAAGACCAAGCUUUAAUCGCGCUAUUAAGAAGCGAGAGGUUCCGCGAAUGCCAUUCUGUGAUAGUGUACUGCAUCCGUAGGGAAGAGUGUAUGAGAAUCGCAGGGUUAUUAAGAAUAUCACUACAGGAUCCACGGAAUCCUGAGAAACCAAACAUGAAAAUAUCCGCAAUAGCUGAAGUUUAUCACGCCGGUAUGACUUCUAAUAGACGCAAGCUUGUCCAAAAAAAUUUUAUGGAUGGAAAGAUUAAAAUUGUGGUUGCCACUAUUGCAUUCGGAAUGGGUAUCAAUAAAUCGGACAUCCGGGCUAUUAUUCAUUACAAUAUGCCCGGCACAUUUGAGGGAUAUGUACAAGAAGUUGGUCGUGCUGGAAGGGAUAAUAUUACAGCACAUUGUCAUUUGUUCUUAAAUCCCAUGGAAGACAGUGAUAAGUGGGAAUUGCGCAGACAUGUACACGCGAAUGGUGUAGACAGACACACGAUUAGACAUCUACUUCAGAGAAUUUUCAUUCCUUGUUCUUGUGCAAAAAUCAACGAGAAAAAUUUAGGUCAAAGAUGUCCCGGUCACGAAGUCGCUCUUCCAAUUGAUGAAACUGUUCAUGCCCUUGACAUCACACAGGAAGUGAUUUUGACAUUAUUAUGCUAUCUCGAGCUACAUCCAAAAAGAUUCAUUACUGUGUUACCAUCCGUGUACAUUCAAGCGCGGAUUUCAAGUUACGAAGGACCACACGCUCUCAAACAAGCAGCGCAAUCCUCUCCACCGCUUGCAAUGGCACUGGACAUGAAAAACGGGAUUUCAAAUGAAAAUAUUAUAGAAUUCCCAGUAAUCGACGUUGCAUCAGCUAUCGGAUGGGAUAGUGGCGUAGUAAAGAGUCAUCUUAAGACUUUAGAAUGGAAAACAGGAGUUGAUGGCAAGAUGAAACGUUCAGCCAUAUCUGUAGAAUAUCAUAAACUCGGUUUACGAAUGAAAGCACCGGGUGAUCUUAGCGACAUUGAAUUGGACGAGGCACUCGACGCAUUGAUCACACGCACGCAAACACAGGAAUCCUUGUGUUUGCAGCAACUCGAGCUCGCAUCCUCCGCGUUUAAUAAAAUCAGCGUGUCGUCAAUCAAACAUUCCUUGGUCUUGGAUGAUAAUGUUACGAAGAGAUCGGAGGAGCUUAAAAAUACUAUCAGAGAUUACUUCCUAUCAGAUUCUCCUUUAAGUGAUCUCAAUAUCAGUUUGCAGAAUAAAGUGACGAACGAGCAGCAGAUCGCAGUCGACGUCCGCAGUUUGAUAAUAUGUUAUAAGGAUACUAAGUUUACGGGUCGUGUCGUAGCCCGUAUCUUUCAUGGAAUACAAAGCCCGAAUUAUCCUGCAUUAAUUUGGCAUAAAUGUCGUUUUUGGAGAAUUCAUAUCGCUACAGAUUUUAACACAAUUUGCAAAAUUGCAGCCAGAGAAAUUCUAGCGUUACGAUAAUGAAAUCCAUUUGAUUCAUUGACUGACACGUGAGUGAUAUAAUUAAUAUAUUAUAUUUAAUCCGAUCUUGUUAAUCAUACACUUACUUUUUAAUUCUUAUCAGAAUAAACUUUCAUAAUGCAUCAAAAUGAAUGG